GGCCUUAAGCAGUCCUCCUAUCUCGGCCUCCCAAAGUGUUGAGAUAUUUUCCAUUCUUUAUAGCCAUUGUUCCACAUUUGAGUAACUCAGACUAAGUGAUCUGGUAUAGGUCAGAUUAGAUUUGUGCAUAAUAGGAUUAUUUUGUGGAAAUAACUUGUUGAAGGAACAUAAGUGAGAAAAUCAGAUUGUCUAAUGAGCGAAUUUUAGGAAAUAACUAAAUUUUUUUCAAGUCAAAUCUAAUUCUGCCUUGCAACUGGAAUUGCAUUCUGAAACUUAAAUACUUGGUUUUUUUUGUCCCCCCCACCCCAACUUAAAUACUUCUUAUAAAAUAAGCAUAAUUCCUUAUCUUGAUUAUCAGAUAAUUACAUUGUCUGAUUUAGAAUGUGAUUACAUUAAUGCUAGAUCAUGUUGCUCAAAAUUAAACAAGACCUGCUUGAUGAAUGAAUAUAAGUCUUCGCUUAGGAUAAAAAGUAACUGAAAUUGGGUGAUUCCCGAAUUGAUUGGCCAUACCAUUAUCACUGUAUUGAUGCUUGUUUCGUUGCAUUGGUUCAUCUUCCUUCUCAACUUACCUGUCACCACUUGGAAUAUAUAUCGAUUCAUUAUGGUUCCAAGUGGUAACAUGGGAGUGUUUGAUCCAACAGAAAUACAUAAUCGAGGGCAGCUGAAGUCACACAUGAAGGAAGCCAUGAUCAAGCUUGGCUUUCAUUUGCUCUGUUUCUUCAUGUAUCUUUAUAGUAUGAUUUUAGCUUUGAUAAAUGACUGAAGCUGGAGAAGCUGUGGUUGAAGUCCGCCUACACUACAGUGCACAGUUGAGGAGCCAGAAACAACUUUACAUCAUCCUUAGAACCGUGACCAUAGCAGUAUAUAUUUUCCUCUUUGAACAAAAAACUAUUUUUGCUGUAUUUUUACCAUAUAAAGUAUUUAAAAAACAUG